UUACCGUUUUGAAACGAGCUACGGCAAGCAGAUAGUUUUGAACACUGGGUAAAUAUAUAUUUUGGAUAAUUGUUAACGACUGCAGUUUUAAUAAAAGGGUGCCAAUAAUUAUGGCCAACAUUCUUUGGAGAAAAAACAUUUAUAUUUACCCCCCUCUAUUACUUUCAAUGAAAGUUUAUAUUUUUGCGAAUUUUUUUCAUGAAAGAUCAAACGGAUAAACAAUGCAGAUUUAUGUUUACAGCCAUCUUUGAUUAUAUUUACCUGGGUUGCCAAUAAUUUUGACCAAAACUGUUGAAUUCACAAAAUCUGUUGAAUUCAAAAAAAUUAUUGAAUUCACUGAAGCUUUAGUGAACUUAGCAGAACUAGCCAUUCUUAUCUUGACUACCCACUGCUUUGACUUUGAAUUCAUAUUAUGGGGGAGUUUAAUUAAAGACAGAUAACUGUUGGCCCAUAUCUUCAUCAAAGUUUGCUGACCCAUGCACCAACUUUGGCCCGCCUUUCAUUCUCCUUCCAAUGCCUUUAAAAGCCUUGCAAUCUUUUAAAACUUCCAUCAGACCUGAAGAAAACAGUGCACAUUUGCGAACUGAAAAGAAGGAUAUUUUUACUGCAGAAAUUAACCAGUCAUGUUUUGGAAAAGCACACUUGUUGUGACUACUUUGAUUCUUCAUCUAAUUUCAUUGGGAGUGGGACAAAAAUUGUACCCUGAGGUGCUGCUGGAAUCAAACUUUCCUCCAGCCAGACCUUCGUAUUACAAUCUCAAGGCAAUCUGUUAUUAUGGCAAUGGCCGCCCCAGAUUCCCGGACUCCAUUUUCCCUUCAUCUGGUUAUGCUUACGCUCGUCGUGCUGGAAAUGCAGUAAACAGACUAGAGACAUGGUUCAGUUGGUGCUGCUAUAGAGGUUCAGCUUAUGUAAAUGAACAGACCCUUUGCUGUGCGAAACAGGCAUGGAAAACUGCUUUGUCCCAAUUCUGUAUUGAAGAGUACUCCACCAUGACCUUGGUCCAUGAGUGCUGUGAAAAGAAGAAAGAAGAAAGGUGGAACUGCUUUCAAAAAAAGGCUGCCAACCCCUUCUACCGACCCCUUUCUCGUUACAGGGCCCCCAUGAUAUCACCUAAAGGGAGUUUCAGAUGGGACCCCAACACCUGUUAAAGGUCAAGAUGCUAAAUGACAACCUGAGCAUUUUUUUUUGAUUUAGCAGCACAAAACCUGUGUCAAUAGAGCCACAUCAUUUUCAAGUAAAUUAAACAUGCAAUUUAUUUAUCUCCACAUGUAUUAUUGUAUACAGAAAACAUGCUAAAUACAAUGUGCAGCAGCUUGCUGUCACUCAAUGUAUUUCCAAAGUUGUAAAAAGAUUCAAAUAAAUCUGAAGCCUUUUCAUUGUUUAACCUUGAUUUUUCGCAUCUC